AUGGGAGCGCGGAAGUUGUUUCUCGCUGCGGCGGCAGGGGCCGUCGUCGCCGGCACCGCAGUUUACGUCGUGGUGAGGCGGCGGCGCGUGGAUGCGGCUGUGGAGGAGGACUUUGACGCCUUUGCUGGGCCCGUCGUCGUGAAGGACGGGGCUACCACCACGGCGAAGGCAGGCGACGCUUCAACCAACGUCGACGCCGCCGCCCCCGCUGCAAGCACAGAACGGAAGGAAGAGCCGCUGCCUGGGGCGAAGACGGGGGAUGCGGCGUUGGUGGGAAACAAGCUGCUCGCCGAGGCGCUGGAUGAGAUUGACGUGCAAACUGCAGUUGAGCCGAGGCCAGCGCAGGCUAACACCACGGAGAGCUCUGUCUCUCGCAAAGGUGGUGAGAAGAAAAAGGACUUCCCGCUGCUUGGCUUGUCCGUGACACUGCCUCCCGACUGGGAGAUACGGGAGGAUCUUUCCCCGUUCCCCAAUGUGGCGAUGCUGGUAGUGUUUAAUAAGGACAUGGAACCGCAGGACGCACAGCAGCAGCAGCUGCAGGAGGCCGGGUCGGUGCCAAUGAUCGUGGUGUCCGUGGAGGACAUCCGGGGGGACAACGUUGAAUUAGUUGAAUUCAAGGAACGUUGCAAGGAGCUUGCGAUAAAUCAAAUGCUCAUGAUGACAGGUGGGGCGAUUCAACCCCUCGUCACGAAGGACGCUGCCGUGCAGGAGGGGCCAUUCCGCUAUGCGCUGGAGUACGCACAGAGCCUCCCACCCCUGUACGAAAUCAAGGUGUUGAACUUGAUGGAGGUGCGAAACAGCAUCGCCUACACGUUUCAAAUCAUGUGUGCGCCGAAGCUUAUGCCGAAGUUUAAGCCCGUGUUUAUGAAGAUUGCGCGGAGCAUGCGCAUCGAGGAGAACAUUGACACCACCUUGGGGCACGUGGAGCUGCACACGGGUGAGGUGAAGGUGGAUAUUGACACCACCUGGGGUUGGGAAUAUCCGGGUAAGCACGACGCCCUGGCCACGUUUACGACGUCGUCGAAUGUUAAAAAGGAGGAAAUCAACCUCUACGCGCAGGCCGCCGUCCCCGAGUCGGCGUAUAAGCCACGCGAGGAGAAGACUGUUAAUGGUGUUGUCAUUGUCUCCGCCUACGAUGGUGCACAGCAGCAGAAGUCUUUCACGUGCAACGGCUAUACGCUGGUUGUGAAGCCGCUGCAAAAGGCCACUUCUUCUCUCGCUGAAAAGGACCUGGUGGCCGUCGUGAAGUCCGUCGCGCCUUCAACGCUGCCGCCCAAGCCCAAGAAGGGUGGCACAUUCGUGAAUGCCGAACACGGCUAUCAAGUGGAUAUUGCGGGUGGUAGUCGCAUUGUGGCGAGCCGCAUCGGUGGCGGCUCCGUCGCGUACGCCCCCAAGGGCCCCGUCGAUGGAGCGGCGUCUGAGGAGCAGCCGCCCGCGGUCACCAUUCGCGUGGGUAGCCCUGAAAACGACGCGGACUGCAUGGGCUCCCUGGAAGAGUGGACGGAGCGAAUGAAGUUGGAGGCGGCGGAGAGCGACAUUAGGGAGAUCAAGCAAACCAAGAUCAACGGUGAGCCCUGCCUGACGUUUAUCUCGCAGAACAUGGAGGAGAUCGCGCCGGGGCAGCGCACGGAGGUGCGGGGAAAAGUCUUUAUUUUUGUUCGCGACGGCAAGACGACGCUGCUGCGGUGGGAGAUGGAGUCGGGACUCUGGAGGAAGUUUGAGCGCGAGAUGAACGCCUUUGUGGAGUCGCUGCGCUUCAUCUGA